CCUGUCUUGUUCAGCUUUUACAGAAACCGUCAUGUCUAUCGACACGGACUCUAAGUCUGACUCCUCUCCGAUCGAACAGGCAAGUGAAGGCCUACUAUCGCUUACAGUCGACUCAAGAGGAUGGAAUGCGGUUCGAGACAUAUGUAGGAAGAGGCUGGAGCCAGGAGACUUCCAAGUUGUCUCUAACCUGAAAUCAAUUGAAGAAUUGAUGAGGUUCGUGGACAGUUUACGUAUAAGAUACCAAGAUACUAGCAAGGCUUUCGAAUUAGCAAGGCUUGAUGCAUGCUUCUACCAACUGCGGACUUUCCAUUCCAGCAUUGAUGUAUUUAUCCACAUCAAGCCGGCCAUAUUGGCGCCGCUGUGGGGCAGCUUAAAACUGUGCAUUGAUCUCAUACAUACCACGGAUCAGGUUCUUCAAUUGAUUGUAGAUAUGUUUGAUGAGAUAAAUCAAACGUUGCCUCGAAUAGCUACGUACAUGGAGGUGUAUAAUGAAGCACCGUCACUACUGGAGCCGGCACAAGAAAUGUAUAUAUUAAUUGCGGAAUUUGCUUGUCAGGUUAUCUGGUUUUUUCGCCGUAAUCCGCUCAAAAACCUUUUAGUCACGACCUGGAAGCCGUUCAAGCCUGAACUCGACAAGACAGUGUCGAAGAUAAGACAAAAGGGUCGUCAGAUCGAGCUCGAAGCUCAAACACUCAGUCGGCAACACGAUGCUGUCCGCUAUGAAGAGCUCAAGCACAUUCUCAGUUCCUUAGAAGUCAAAAAUCGCGUCACGCUACCAUGCCACUAUCUACCUCUGGCACGGAAUCCUACUCUUGUCGGUCGAAAUGAUCUCCUAGAUGCUGCCCAUAAUCACCUAUGCUCCGCUCUUGACGAACAACGUAUUGUUUCUUUCUACGGCUUAGGUGGGGUCGGAAAGACCCAGAUCAGCAUUGAAUAUGUAUAUCGGUACCUGGAUGGCUACUCAGCCGUUUUCUGGCUCUCAGCAGAUUCGGUAGUCAAGAUGAGCCAAGAUGUCCGAGGAGCCCUUGAGAAAUUGGGAGCAAUCAAGUCUAAUGGGCCGGAAAAUGACCAGCAGUGCCAGAACAUAUUCAGUAAUUGGCUCAAAGAUACUGAAGAGAAAUGGCUUAUCGUUUUCGAUAAUGCUGAUGAUCUGAAGGUUCUUCAAGGAUAUUGGCCUACUUCACGUCGUGGUCAUAUCAUCCUUACCAGUAGAGACCCGGCCUCAGCAAGGUUUCCAACAAACAGUAAAGCACUCAGAGGUCUCCAAGUCCUGCCAUUAUCCGACGCCGUAGGAGCAGAUAUGCUUCUCGGUGUACUGUCUCACAAGCAAGACCCUUCUGAUGAAAAUCACCAAGUUCAUACCAUGAACGACAUCGAAAUCGCAAAGGAUCUUGUAGCGCAGCUUGGGGGCCUCCCUUUAGCAAUCAUACAGAUUGCUAAUUACAUCUUGGAAGCAGAAUGCGAACUUGACGAGUUUAGCGAAAUAUUCUCCGACUUCCGCAAUCGCAGCUCGCUUUUAGAUGAGGAUGCCAGCAAUACAAACAUGUCUUACCCUCAUUCUCUUGGUACAGUUUGGGAUAUCUCGAUGACUAGGAUCGAAAAGUCAAACAAGAACUCUUUUCACAUGAUACAGAUAAUGUCGUUCUUUGAUCCGGAUGGUAUACCCGAAACUCUUCUCGAUAAUUCUGAUGUGCAGCGACCCGGCGAUGCGUUACCGGCCUUAAAGUAUCUCCAGAGCAAGUUGCUGUUCCUCAACGCAACUCGUCCUCUCUUGCAGCAGUCUAUGAUCAAUAAGAACAAAGUGCAGCGAUCACUAGUGAUGCAUCGCUUAGUGGGUGCAAUCACACACAAGAAUAUCACACACGCCGAUAGACAGACGAGAUUUGAUGAAGCAUUAGAACUUCUUUAUCGAGUAUACCCCCAGUUAACAUUACAAAAGGCAUCUUUGAACGAACAAUGGCCUCGUUGUCGUCUAUAUGUGCCACAAGUCCUGGCUCUGGAAAGAUCAUAUAGAGAAUCUCAGGAACCCCUAAAACCCAGGGCAAAAUUUGCUACAGUUCUAUCAAAUGCGGCAUGGUUUCUUUACGAGAACGGUUUGCCCGGUCAGGCAAUGCAAAUACUUCCAACCGCAAAGGCAGUGGCAGAAGCUACUCUGAAAGGUAACGAAUUUGCUGCAGUUACCAUAUACAGGACAUAUGGUGGUAUCCAUAUUGACGCAAACAAACCACAAAUAUCUUUAGAGAUGUGGACUCGCCAAAUGAACAUAAUGAAGGAAAUAGGCUCCGAGCUUUCGGUUGCUCAUGGCUUGAGCAACAUGGCCUUGGCAGAACUUGCCAUUGGUAAUUACGAUGACUCCAGACGUGAGCUAAACAAGGCCACCGAGAUUCGCUCUAAAUAUCCUGGACAGGCGGAAAGCUACAAAGCCUUGACGCUGGAUGUCGAAGGCAUGCUAGAUAAUGCUCAAGGAAAGUAUCAGUCUGCCAUCAACAACCUUUCAGCUGCCAUCAAGCUGUAUGAUGAGGAGCUAGGAGUGGGGAACUACUUGACUGCGUUGUAAGUGCUAACUCCAGUAAGUAUCGUGAAAAGCUCUAAUAAAACAGCGCCAACCACACUCUGGGCAACGUGUAUGAGCGAAUGGGCCACUUGGAAGAAGCAUUUCGGCUCCAUUCUUUAUCUUUAUCUGUCCGAGAGGAUAUCCUUGGCGAGACUUAUCGAACUGCAGGAUCAUUACACAAGGUCGCAUGGCAUCUUCAUAUGCGAGAUGACCAUGUUGGCGCGGAGUAUGUUUUACACCACAUCCGAUAAAGCUCCGUGACCUUCACAUCUAAACUCUCAUAGGAGGCUGCUUUACAAAGCGUUGAAGAUAUACGCGUCGGCUUACGAAGGUAAAGGUGGUAUUGGUAGAUCAAGCUAUCUGAUGAGUUUAGUUUUAGCUCAGCUUGGGAAGGAGGAGGAUGCCAUAAACACG